GCAUGGCAUCCUGGGUAAGCCGUGUGCUUCCUCCUCUAAAGCGCCAUUUUUUGUCGUAGUCACGGGAUGAGCAGCAUGCUACUAUCAUACAGAUAAUAAGAGUGUCAAGUGUUGUUCGGUGACUUUGUCAAUACUGUUUGAAAAAUGGGACGGAAGAAAAAGAAGCAGAUGAAGCCAUGGUGUUGGUAUUGUAACCGAGAUUUUGACGAUGAAAAGAUCCUGAUCCAGCACCAAAAGGCCAAACAUUUCAAGUGCCACAUAUGUCACAAGAAGUUGUACACAGGCCCGGGCUUGGCCAUUCAUUGCAUGCAGGUUCAUAAAGAGACCAUUGAUGGUGUACCAAAUGCCAUUCCUGGAAGGGUUGACAUCGAGUUGGAGAUCUAUGGCAUGGAAGGGAUUCCAGAAAAGGACAUGCAAGAGAGAAGACGAACAUUAGAACAGAAAUCACAAGAGAGUCAAAAGAAGAAGCAGAACAAUCAGGAGGACUCUGAUGAGGAAGAUGAUGAUGAUGAGGCAGGACCAUCAUUCCAGCAUCCUGCUGCUGCACAGCCUCAGGCAGCCUACACUGCUCCUAUGGGCCAGCCUGGGAUGCCUCCUGUGGCUGGAGCUCCAGGAAUGCCCCCUGGAGGAUACCAAGGGAUGCCUCCCAUGAUGCCUGGUGUUCCUCCCAUGAUGCACGGGAUGCCCCCUGCUAUGCCUGGAAUGCCACCAGGCAUGAUGCCAAUGGGAGGGAUGAUGCCCCCUAUGAUGCCAGGAAUGCCCGGCAUGCCCCCAGGAAUGCCACCUCACAUGGCUCCCAGGCCUGGCAUGCCUCCAAUGGCCCAGCCCCCUGCAGCAGGAGCGAUGCCCAGCCGGCCAGCAGCACCAGCAGCCCAACCUGCUGUCACCAAACCUCUGUUCCCCAGCGCAGCACAGAUGGGCUCUGAUACUCCCAGCAGCUCAGCAGCCGUUUCCUCUCCACCUGCAGACCCUCAGUCUGCUUCCUCCCAGCCUCCCUACUUUAACACACCACAAGCCCAGCAGAGUGCUUCAGGAACUGCAGCUUCAAGCUCUCACAGCACAGCCGCCUCCACCGAUCCUCCCAAAGCAACAUUCCCUGCCUACACCCAGCCCUCUGCCUCUUCUUCUUCCUCCUCCUCCUCUUCCUCCUCUAACCCCUCCAGCAGCACUGUGGCCAAGCCCCCAGCCACAGUGACCAGUAAGCCUGCCACCCUCACAACUUCGAGUGCAACCAGUAAGUUGAUCCACCCUGAUGAGGAUAUCUCACUGGAAGAGAGGAAAGCCCAGUUGCCCCGUUACCAGCGUCUUAUUCCCAGGGCGGGCCAGGCCCAUCCGGCUGCUCCCCCGGUGGCAGCUGUGGGUGGUAUGAUGCCCCCACAGCAAGGAAUGCCACCACAGCAGCCUGGCAUGAGGCAUCCCAUGCAUGGUCAGUAUGGUGCUCCUCCCCAGGGCAUGCCGAGCUACAUGCCUGGAGGGAUGCCUCCAUAUGGGCAGGGUCCUCCAAUGGUGCCCCCCUACCAGGGAGGCCCUCCGAUGGGCAUGCGGCCUCCCGUCAUGUCUCCAGCUGGGCGGUACUGAAGCAGCAACACAGCCACCGAACUAGGUUUGGAGGUUAACACCUUUCUCUCAUCCUUGUGCUUUACACCUAGCCACAAGCAAUGAGCAGUAAGACCAGUGGUGGUGAAGACAAAAUAUCUAUUAUAACACAUGGACAUUUAACGUAACAUCUUUACCGGAAAACAGCCAAACACCACUCAAGUCGAUGACAUAUUUUGUCAUUAUUUGAUGACGUGAGGAUAUGUUUUUUUUUCCAUAGGUUUCACUCAGGUUUAUAGAAGUUAAGUGUGUUUAAAUACUAUUCAUAUUGCUUUUGAAGCUGCUGGAGUUACAUGAACGUUCCGACAAAGGCAAGUUUCUCCUGUAAACAUUUGGUUUUUUCUUUCUUUUGGUAGAAUGAUUGAGGCCCUCACAGCACACUUAGGUGCUGUUGGACUUGCGUCCCCAACUAUAGUUGGUGAGGGUCUCAGUGAUGAAGAUGAGUUCAACUAAGUAGUGUUAAAGACCAAUGACUCAUCAGUCUGUGGCUUUAUUCUUAUUUCAGAUUUAUUUUUAAUAUUUCAUGGUCAAAAGGGUAAUUGUAUGCAUCCUUUGUAAUGUUUUAAGAAUCUGUGUUGUAAUAAAAUCCUCUUGAAAUCCAAUGCUGGUUUGUCCUGACGUAAGGUGGAGGUGAGUCGUCAUAAAGGUUUGUACUAGUGUUGUAUUUCUAGAUGUUGUAGUAGGGCUGGGUUAAACUACAAGAUUUAAUUAGAAAUUCAAGCAAAGUUUGCUAUGCUACAAUUCUUGGAGUCAGCAUGCAUUGAGAGCAUCUCAGAAAGACAGAAUAUCAUAAUUUUCAGUAUUCAAAGCAAAUGUCCGAACUUUGACAGAAUUGUCACCUCUGUUCUAUGAAUUUGAUGCCAUGUAAUUGUGAUUUUGUUUGAUCAAAAUCUUGUAGGGUCUACCAGCCCAUUUCUGAGAUGUUGGCCUAAUUUUGGUUUCAGAUGUUGCAUGUUACAUCAUACUAUACUGACAUAACUCUGGAGCACUAUAAUGUUUAGUGCUCUUAAUUGUCUUUGUCAGUCAUGUCCUCAUUAUGCGCCACCAAGUAUGCAUCCUUAUUCAUCACUCUUUACAUAGACGCAGGGUGUGAAAUCAUCUGCAAAGGGCUGAUUGUGAAGUUUGUUAUAUAGGCUGCAAGUUGGCACAUAAACCAAAUACUAUAUAAUAUUUCUCCAAGCUCAACAGGCACUCAAUUAAAUAAACGUUUUAGCAGUUAAAUCUGGAUAUUUUAGGCCAAGAUCAUGGAUAACUGCUAUAAAAUUAAUUGUCUAUAGACCUUGA